CUUACUGGCAAUUCCCUCCAACUAUAAUUCUCCUUCCUCCUUGUCUUCCUUCUUAGCCAAAAUUUUUUUAUAUUCCAUUAAUUAUUCUAUAUGCUUUGAGAGUCUUAUAUUUGAAUUCAAAUUAUAGGCUCCAAAAUUUCCUUCUUUUCACCUCUCUUCUUAUUCUUCUUCUUCUUUGAUGGAGUUCAAGUUAUUCGUCUUUGUCGACGAAUUGCCUGAACUUGCUCCUAUCGGAACCAGUAAGGGGGAGACGAAUAAGAAGGCGGUGGCGAUGGCGGAGGCGGCGGUUGAGGAAGAUGGCGCUGUUACGCCAAAGACUGACGAAAGUAGGUUGAAGCCGGCAUUGGUUUGCCCUCCAGCGCCGAGGAAACGACGGCCAACAAAGAGGAAGUUUAUGGCGGCCGGGCCGCCGCCGCAAGGGUUCUUCUCAGUGCCUAAGGACUUAGCUUCUGUUUUUCUUUCUGUUCCAAACAAGAAAGUAAGAGUAGGUUGAGCUUCUACUGCAAUUGUGUUCAUAUACAUGUAUAGCUUCAACUUUUGUAACUUUUUUUUUUAAUGCUUUGUUUUGUGUCUAAUUAAGGACUAAUUAAAGUUGGAGCUCAUGAUCAUAUUUUUGCUGAUUAA